AGACUUGGUGGCAUGAUCCUUUACUUUCUAAGCCAUCGAAUCAGCCAGAUUCUGGUCAGCUUGCAGGUCUGUGGAAUUCAUUUAAGUAGACAAAGAUUCUAGAGCUAGGUUUCCCCAAGGACUGACAGUGAGAUCUUUGCAAUUCACUUCUGUGCUUCAGUUUCAUGGUCUGCAAAAUAAAGCCCAACUCAGUUCAUCCCUGGAAAGCACCUUAAGAUAGGAGUGAGCCAACUAUGCCGCUAUUACCACAUUCCCUAGAGCAAUGAAGUACGGCACAUACGUGAAUGAAUGAAUAACUUUUGGCGACUAAUUCUUUCCUGGGUAGCCAGAGUCACGGCAGGGCCCAUUGAUGGGUAAGAAGGCAUCCUCCCAGAAAGUUCUCUCCACCCUCUCGGUCAGGAGGGCCCCGAGGGCCCGGAAGCCUGCAGGCCGGGCGCCCAGAGGACCAAUGGGGCUGCGGGGAAGGAGGGGAUAGCGCCCGCCAGCCCUUUCCGUCUGCGGCCCCGCCCCCUUGGAACGUUGUGACGUCGAAGCAUUCCACGGUUGCUACAUCGUCGCGAGGGGCGGGGCGCCUGUCAGGGAAGCGGUGCGCGCGGGUGGCGGGCGGGCUGGGGCUUCUCCGUACAGUGCCAGCGCCAGCGCCAGACCCGCCCGCACCCCGCGCUCUCCCUCGUGCGCGUCGCCUCUCCCAGGACUUCCCAGCCCGCACUCCUGCUCUCGCCCGUGAACCGUCGCAGAAUGGAGCUGCUGUGUUGCGAGGGCACCCGGCACGCGCCCCGGGCCGGGCCCGACCCGCGGCUGCUGGGGGACCAGCGUGUCCUGCAGAGCUUGCUCCGCCUGGAGGAGCGCUACGUGCCGCGAGCCUCCUACUUCCAGUGCGUGCAAAAGGAGAUCAAGCCGCACAUGCGGAAGAUGCUGGCAUACUGGAUGCUGGAGGUGUGUGAGGAGCAGCGCUGCGAGGAGGAUGUCUUCCCUCUGGCCAUGAACUACCUGGAUCGCUACCUGUCCUGCGUCCCCACCCGAAAGGCGCAAUUGCAGCUCCUCGGUACCGUCUGCCUGUUGCUGGCCUCCAAGCUGCGCGAAACCACGCCCCUGACUAUUGAGAAGCUUUGCAUCUAUACGGACCAAGCUGUGGCUCCCUGGCAGUUGCGGGAAUGGGAGGUGCUUGUCCUGGGGAAGCUCAAGUGGGACCUUGCUGCUGUGAUCGCACACGACUUCCUGGCUCUGAUUCUGCACCGCCUUUCUCUGCCCAGUGACCGACAGGCCUUGGUCAAAAAGCAUGCCCAGACCUUUCUGGCCCUCUGCGCUACAGAUUACACCUUUGCAAUGUAUCCUCCAUCCAUGAUCGCCACAGGCAGCAUUGGGGCUGCAGUGCUAGGCCUAGGUGCCUGCUCUAUGUCUGCAGAUGAGCUCACAGAGUUGCUGGCAGGAAUCACUGGCACCGAAGUGGACUGCCUACGGGCCUGUCAGGAGCAGAUCGAAGCUGCGCUCCGGGAGAGCCUCAGGGAAGCUGCCCAGACAGCGCCCAGCCCAGUGCCCAAAGCUCCCCGGGGUUCUAGCAGCCAGGGAUCCAGUCAGACCAGCACUCCCACAGAUGUCACUGCCAUCCACCUGUAGCUUGGAACAGC